AUGUUGAAAGUUUUACCCACGAGUGUUAAUAAAAUAUUCGUGUACACUGGAAAUAUAUUAAGUUUAAACGAAAUUAAAAAAUUAGCUGGACACAAUCAAACUGACGAGUUGGUUGAAAGUUUAAGGAUAACAUUAUCCGAUUGGCAGCCUAAAGAUGUUGUCCAGUUACCAGGACUCGACACGACCACUGUUGAGGUUAUGAGAAAUGAUAAGAAAUGUUGUCAGUCUGAAGAAGUUGAUAGGGAAAAUUUAAAAGUGACAGUUAAAAUUUUUGUAUCAGCACCGAAAAAGGAAAUUUUACAAGAAGCUUUAGACAAUGUAUUCACUUCGCUUAACAUCAGUAAAAUAGAUUCAUUGGUUCUUGCAUGUAAAUUAGAACCGUCAGCAGUAUUAUCUGGUUUACAAAAUAUUUGGUCAAUAAUUGAAGAAUUGGCUGAACAGAAAAAAUUUGAAGAUGUUGGAGUGAGCGACAUUGAUACAGAUGUUUUUGUUAAUUUGUAUAAUUGGGCAAAAGUCAAGCCGACAAUAAUACAAAUAAAUUUAGCCGUUUGUUGCGUUGUGCCUCCGGUUUUACAAGAAUUUUGCAAAACAAAUAAUGUUCAAUUGUUAACACACAGCGAUCCACUUGAAAUUUUACCCAAGCCGGCCUUGUGUCAAUUAUUCGGAGCAAAAGAUGUUGAUGACGUCACGUUGAAUUGGGCUCUUAGAUUUCAGGUUCACGUUAAAUGCAGAGGAGUUUUAUCAAGUAAAGGUUACCUCGUUUGCGUUAGCAGACCAAAAGAAUUUAAUAACGUUUAA